CAAGAUACCAACCAUGAGCUCCAGCCAGGCAGGGGUCUGCCCAUGCCAGGGCUCUGCAGGCCGCCCGACCAUUCUGUAUGCACUUCUGAGCCCCAGCCCCAGCCCCAGUCCCAGGAGCAUGCCCAUUGCGCCCGCGUCUCGCAGCCACUGCCUGUGCCAGCAACACCGGCCUGUGCGUCUGUGUGCCCCGCAUCGCACCUGCAGGGAGGCCUUGGAUGUCCUGGCGAAGACAGUAGCCUUCCUCAGAAACCUGCCUUCCUUCUGCCACCUGCCGCAUGAGGAUCAGCGGCGGCUGCUGGAAGGCUGCUGGGGCCCUCUCUUCUUGCUCGGGCUGGCCCAGGAUACUGUGACCUUUGAGGUGGCAGAGGCUCCGGUGCCCAGUAUACUUAAACAGAUCCUGCUAGAGGAACCCAGCAGUGGGGCCCAGGGCGUCCAGUCACCAGACCGGCCACAACCCUCCCUGGCUGCUGUGCAGUGGCUGCAGCGCUGCCUGGAAUCUUUCUGGAGCCUUGAGCUGGGUCCCACGGAGUAUGCAUACCUGAAGGGUACUAUACUCUUCAACCCAGACGUGCCAGGCCUCCAUGCCUCCUGCCACAUUGCGCAUCUGCAGCAGGAGGCUCACUGGGCAUUGUGUGAAGUCCUGGAGCCCUGGUACCCAGCAUGCCAAGGCCGCCUGGCCCGAAUCCUCCUCAUGGCCUCUGCCCUCAAGAACAUUCCCUGCACCCUUCUGGUAGAUCUCUUCUUCCGCCCUAUCAUCGGAGAUGUUGACAUCACCGAACUGCUGGAAGACAUGCUUUUGCUGAGGUGACCUGAAGAAUGGGGUCCCGCCAAAGGGGAGCCCCCGGCUUGGACUUCCUUGGUUUGGAUACAGUGUAUGUAUACUACUAACUGUCCAGCAAGUCCUUGAUGGCUCCCAACCGGGCCGAAAUGCCUUUCCCUUCCUGGGUAGGAAUGGGAGCUGGAGGCUGUACUUCAGGCCAGAAUCCCUCCUGACUUUGUAUAGAACUAAAUUAAGUUAUUGGUUUUUUUAAUAAAA